AUGGAAGCAAGAUCAGAUUUGGGCUGAACCUUCGAUACUAAAGAUACUUCAGACCCAGACUCAAAGAAUAAGUCCAAAAUGGAACGAAUCCUAAGAGAGAAAAGUAUUCAGCAGCAAUGCCAACAAAUUGACCACAAAAUUUGCACUUCCCUUUUUCAGAAUAUUCGAGGGGAGAGAACAUGGAAAGAAUUUAAUGGAAAAAUUAUCUUGCAAUGUUGAAAGCUUCGAGACAGAAAGCUCUUAGAACAGUGCUCUAACUUUAGACUGCCUUGGGUCACGUCCAUUGUCAUUAGAUUUGCCUAUCAAAGUAGGAGAAGAGUUAAUAAAUUUCUAAACAAGUCUAUUACUAAUAAAACCCAAUUGCUGCAGAUUCAUGAAGAGAGAAGAGCAUUCCCUCAUUAUCUAAACCAGCUUAGCAAGGCAAGCUCAACAAUAGGUGGAAAACUAAGGAUUUUUGAAUUUAGAAGAAUGAACCUUAAGCAACUGAAGAGGAUAUUCAGUGCAAAUAGGAAUAAAUCCAGCUUGUGGAUUAUGAAGUCAACAUUUUGCCUCCCACCACAGCCUGAUUUUUCAAAGUGAUUCUCUGGGACAUCACUCGAAUCACUAGUUUUUGCAGGAUCAUCAAUUCAUAAACGCAAAUGUAACCCAAAAAACCUUCAUAAUUUGGAUACUCUGUUCUUUGGACUAGCUACAUCUCCAGAUCUCAAGAACAGUCUCCAGAAUAUAAAGGUAGCCGAGAAAUGGUACUUCAAUCGUCACUGUGAAGUGGAUAUCAGUCAAUAUGGUUUUCUUUCCUAACCAAUUGUGGCCAAAUAAUGUUCUAGACUCAGCCACGAGUAAUCCUAAUUGUCUCCUAAUUUAAUGGACUUAUAACGUAAAAAUCAGGCAGAAUCAUAGCUUAUGUUCAACAGAGGCCUUUUUCCUGAUGCCUUCCUCCGUUCUCCUCCUUAUUUAACAUAGUUUAUCCCCACAUUAGCCACUAGGUUUUGCCAGUGACCCAGACUGAGCUUUGGGACUGAAGAUUGUUUACAAUAAGUCCAAGAAGUUUGUAGUAGAAACUCUUAGGCUCCAUUAUUAAAUUUUACAGCUUU